AUGCCGCCCAAGAAGCAGGACAAGAGCCAGAACAAGCCCGCCAAGAGCGCGUCGGUCGACAAGACCUUUGGCAUGAAAAACAAAAAGGGCGGUGCCGCGCAAAGACAAAUCAAGCAGAUCCAGCAGGCUCAAUCGUCGUCCAAGACGCCCGAGCAAAAGCGCAAGGAUGCCGAGAAGGCGCAGCGCGAGGCCGAGAAGAAGGCGGCCGAGCAGGCUCGCAAGGAGGCGGCCGAGUUGUUCAAGCCCGUCCAGGUGCAGAAGGUGCCGUUCGGCGUGGACCCGAAGACGAUCCUGUGCCAGUUUUACAAAAAGGGCCACUGCGACAAAGGCAAGAAGUGCAAGUUCUCCCACGACCUGGCUAUUGAGCGCAAGACGGAGAAGAAGUCCUUGUACGCAGAUACGCGCGAGGGAGAGGAUGAGGAUGAGAAGAAGAACGACGACAUGUCCCAGUGGGACGAGGAGAAGCUGCGCGACGUGGUCAAGUCCAAGCACGGCAACCCACGGACGACGACGGACAAGGUGUGCAAAUUCUUCAUCGAGGCCAUCGAGAACCAGAAGUAUGGGUGGUUCUGGACCUGCCCCAACGGCGGCGACAAGUGCAUGUACAGGCACGCGCUACCGCCAGGAUUCGUCAUCAAGACCAAGGAGCAGCGGGCGGCCGAGAAGGCAUUGAAUGACAAGAACCCGAUGAACACGCUCACGCUCGAGGACUUCCUGGAAUCGGAGCGCCACAAGCUCACGGGCCCUGGCACGCCGGUGACGGUCGAGUCGUUUGCCAAGUGGAAGAAGGACCGCAUGGACAAGAAGGCGGCCGAGGAGGAGGCCAAGAAGCUCAAGGACGCCACCGGCCGUGCACUCUUCGAAAAGGGCGGCUGGGAGGACGACAGCGAGGACGAGUCGGACGGCGACGACGACGGCACAUUCAACCUCGAGGCUCUGCGAAGAGAAACCGAGGCGGCGCGCCAGGCCACGGAGGAGGAACGAAUGAACGGGCUCAACGGCACAGCCGCAGCUUAA